AUGAAUACACAAUCACAAAUUACUUCAUCUAUACCAUCAUCUUCCUCUUCCUCUUCUUCUUCUGGUUCUACAUCAUCACCUAUUUCACAUACAUUGAAUUCACAAUUCGCAACAAACACUCAAGUCACCACGCCAACCAAACAAAACCCAGCAGCAGCAGCACAACCAACUCAACCACCUAUCAAUAGCAAUCCAAACUAUAGACAACCACAACUAAAGAUUGCAGAAAAGAAAGAUGUACCUGUAGCAAGAGCUGAAGUCAUUAAAUUUAUGUCACCAACGGCUGCAUCAUCGCUCUUUAUAUCGAACCUACCCAAUUCAGUUUCAAUCUCUGAUAUGCUAACUCUUCUAAAUCCAUUUGGUUUAGUUUUCGAUAUAAUAUCAAAAGAUGGUAAUUUUUUAAUAAAAUAUUAUUCUGCAAUUGCUGCACAAAAUGCGUAUAAUUCAUUGUAUGGUCAAUUGGUACAUGGCUAUCCAAUGAGAAUUGCAUUCUCCAAGCAAGCAAAGACAUUUGAACUUAGAUACGAACAAUCGGCUGAACUCAUCAACUAUUACGUUGGUUUCAAUCAAUGGUCGACAGAGAUCAUCGGUACACACUUUCAGCAAUCGGUCGUCGUAGAUCCAAUGUCGAUGUACGGUGAGGAAGUAGAUGAAAGUAUAAAGCAAGAGGAACAACAGCUACCAUCAUUAACUAUACUUGAAUGUGUUGCAACUAUUCGAAUGGUGUUGAAAGACGGUCGCUCUAUCACCGUAGAUGGCAGUAGUCAGAUCGAUUCGAUGCUCAAUAAUCCCGACUAUCACAAUCAUCCAAAGAAAGCGGCCAUUACCAACGCAAGACGAGUUGCAUUCUCGAAGCUGGCUAUCGUUAGAAUCGACGGUCAAUCUGUACUUCACAUAUUAGAUCAAUCCAUUGAAGAACAAUGGAGUCAACAUGAUAAACAACAACAGCAACAACAACAACAACAAAUAGAUAAUCAAGCAUAUCUUAAUAGUUUUUAA